UAUUUAGAACACGAUAUGCAAAAAAUUUGUGUGAAUAAUGAUGAUACGAGUAAGUGGUUGCGUGAGGAGUAUUUUCGGAAAACACAAAGCGAAAAUAUGCUCCAUUUUCUGGAUUCAACGAUAACAUACCUGAAUAGCAUACCUCAUUUAAAUUGUCUGCAAUUUUUACACAAAAUUUGCUGUAUAUAAUAAAUCGACGGAACCACAACCUAGUAGUUGAGAUUGUAUUAACAACGUCACGAUGUUAAGCAAAACUGUCUUCGUAACACUCCUGGCCCUCUGCUCAGGAGUGGAAUUUCAGAUCCAAAACACAGCUAACUUCGACAUUUGGGUUGGUAUUCAGGCCAAUCCAAACCAUCCUCUGCUGAGAAAUGGAGGUUUUGAUCUACCACCAGGACAAAAGGUUUCUGUACAAGCGCCCGAAAAUUGGGCAGGCCGCUUCUGGGGUCGCACAGGCUGCAACCCAAACACCAAACACUGCGACACCGGCGACUGUGGCAACAAACUCGAGUGCAACGGGGCUGGAGGUGCACCCCCUGCCACUCUGGUGGAAAUCACCCUCAAAGGAGACCAAGGCAAAGACUUCUACGACGUUUCCUUAGUCGACGGUUUUAACAUCGUAGCUUCUAUUGAACCCAUCGGUGGUCAAGGCGACGGCAGCCAAUACAGCUGCAAGAAGGACGCUUGCUCGAAUCACGACGUAAUCAAUCAGUGUCCCGACAAACUAAAAGUUAAGAAUGGUCAAGGGACUGUUAUUGCUUGUAAUUCGGCUUGUAAUGCCUUUAAUACUGAUCAGUAUUGUUGUCGUGGUGCUUAUGGUACUCCCGAUAAGUGUAAAUCGUCCGCUUGGCCUGUGGAUUACCCGAAGUUCUUCAAGGAUCGUUGUCCUGAUGCGUACAGCUAUGCGUAUGAUGACCACAAGAGCACUUUUACAUGCAAAGCCGAAACUUAUUUGAUCAAGUUUGGGUAAUAGGGUUAUUUGUAACGAGGCGGAAAGGCAAUAAUUGAAUAAAGUGGUAGUUGU